CCACCACUCCCUCGCGAUAAUGUGCAACGGUUAGAAUCACUGGUAGAAAGGCUCAUCGAAUAUGAAGUUUCGUCAAGACCGAGCACCAGUAAGGCUUUCGUCAAACCAGAGUGUAUCCCAGAAGUCAAACCAGGAAAUUCUAACCUGAGUUGUACCAAGUGGAUCGAGAAGAUAGAACAAUUGGGAAGAGUGAAUUGUUGGAACGAGCACACGAAAAUAUUCAACAUGCAGAGCCGCCUAAGUGGAUUAGCUCGAAAAUGGUACGACAACUUGAACUCGUACGAGUUGAGCUGGAAUGAAUGGAAAACUCUACUUCUGAAAUCGUUUCCAGAGCACCAAGAUUACGCGACGUCUCUUAGGAAACUCCUCAACCGACGGAAGUUGCCUUCGGAAGGAUGGGAAGAGUACUAUUUCGAUAAGAUGGAUAUGAUUAACGCUUGCGAAAUCAAACCAAAACAUGCAGUUUCGUGUCUUAUUGAUGGAAUUGACAAUCCAACAAUCCAAGUUGGAGCGAGAGCUGGACGCUAUGAAACACCUGAUGCUCUCUAUGCAGAAUUUCUUUCGUCUCUUAACCAAGAGGCUGAUUCUUCAUACUCUCCUCACCCUACCUCAAAUCCCGUACCGUCUAGGAAGCGACUCCACUCAGAUGACCGACGAAAAGCUAGAAGCCCGUUUAAGAAGUUCAGGAGUAACACGAAAGAACAGCGGUGUUACAAUUGCAAACAACCUGGGCACUUCUCGAACAAUUGUCCUAAACCUAAACUGGAGUGUUCCAAAUGCAAGCGAUUGGGUCACUUAGAGAAGGAUUGCAGGCGACAUUUCAAAAUACAGAUCGCGGAGUUCAAGAAACAAUGUCACAACGACGAAUACUUCUUCGACUGCAGAAUAAACGGGAUGCCGUCCAAGGCUUACGUCGACACUGGUUGUGGUGCUAUGCUGAUUAGAGAGGAACAAGCGCGCGAACUAAAACUAAAGAUUAAUGCCAGCUCUGUAACGAUAACAGGGUACGGUGCAUCAAAAGUUUCUGUUUUAGGGGAGACAGAGUUCACCAUAGAAUUAGACAAUGCAGAGGCUAACGUAAAAGCUUUUGUAGUACCAAAUGCAGCUCAAGAGGUGUCUGUUAUGGUGGGUCAACCUUUCCUAAGCUUGCCACAUGUUGUAAUGAUAGUGGCAGAGGGAAAAGUGCGAAUACUCUCUUCGAGCGACGNCUGA